AUGGGUCUGAAGGAAGUCAAGUUCAUCGACUGGUUCAAGGGAAAGUUCCCCCAUGCCGCACGGGUUGUCGCUAUGCACGAAGGAGCCCAUUUCGACUCGGUCUUCAUCGACGUCAACUGUAUUCUCCAUCCAGCAAUGAGGGCUGCAAAGAACGAGGCGCAGUUUGUCAAGAAGCUGUAUACUAUCCUCGAUAGGACCCUCUCUCAAUUCAUCCCUGAUCGAAUCUGUUAUCUAUCCGUUGAUGGGCCGGCUCCUCUUGCAAAACUCCUCACACAAAAGGCUCGUCGCGCCUCAAAGUCAGGGAGCGGAAAGCCGAACCAUAUGAGCACGCUUCAAGUAACCCCAGGAUGCCCGUUCAUGUUGCGACUGGAACAAUACCUCAGCUACUACACAGUCCGGUACCUGCAACAUCGUCGCUCACAAGGAAUCUCACCCGAUCUCAAAUUCGUUAUUGACCACUCCAACAAUCCCGGGGAAGGCGAGAGCAAGAUCAUCGAAAACGUCGUUCAACAAGCAGCCAACAUCCGCGGAAGACCUUGCGCGAUUCUCAGUAUGGACUCAGACGCCAUCAUUCAAGCCAUCACCCUUGGGAUGCCCAACAUCUUUGUUGUUCGCAAAGACUCACCCCAAAACCCAAUCGUUGCCAUCUCAAUCGACAAGUUUAUGCGGUCGCUGGAGGCCAUAUUCCCUGGGGAAUCCAACAGGAGUCGACUCGACUUUUGCGCACUUUGUCUAUUCCGAGGAAACGACUAUCUGCGAGGGUUGUUUGUUGGUCUAGAGAAACUCUGGCUGGCUUAUCUUUAUACUCGGCUUGUCGACCCGGCGAUUCAAACAAGGGGGCCUGAGAGAUAUCUUAUCGACGCCACCCUCAAGACGUUUGAUCUCUUCUUCUUGAAGCAAUUGAUCCUCAACUCCUACAAGGACAACAACACACUCAAAAUCCCCAACAACUUGGCGCCGCAACAAGCCCAACCACAGCGGCAACAAUCGCCAAUUGUCGGAUCUGAGUCUGAGGUAUCAGAGCAGGACGAGUACGGGAACGCGAGCGACAUGGAGUCUGCGGGCGGAGACGACAGUUCCACCGACGAUGACGAGGACGCAGGAGGAGAUAUCAAUGCAACGGGCUCCAACAGCGAUAUUGACGACAGUUCGGAUCAGGAAAAGAAGUACUCGGUGAAGGAUUACCUGGAGGGCGUAUUGUGGAACCUGGAGAUGUACUGCUCAGGAGUGUGCCCAGACGUCUCCUUCACCUACAAGUUCUGGACAGCUCCUCCUCGCAGAGCAAUCGUCACCUUUGUCGACACGAUUGCCCAAAAGAAACCGUACCAGACCUUGUCAGCCAGCUCUACCAGGAAAUUGGUCAAAGUGGUGACAAGCGACAAGACUUAUCUGCAUCCACUUGUUUGCGCCAUGAUUCUGUUGCCGAUAGAUAGAGCAGCCGCCUACUUGCCAGAAUCCAUGGCUCUUGUGCAAUCAGUCAUCGUUCCAGAAGAAUCCAGGUACCUUACACACGAGGAGAUGAUGACCAUCGAGGAGACCGUGCAUGGAAUCAUCGACGUCCUCUCAAAAUCCGAUAAGCCUCAAGACAUCAAAGUCGCCAAAGAACUGUACGGACUCUACAACACUCGAUCGCCCUACAUCUGGACCCGCGUCCGCACCGUAAACACUCGUACCCCAAAAACCGAAACCCCACCAAGCCCGAACGUCAUCAUCGAUGCUCUCCAAGCCCUCACCAUCUCCUCCCCCACUCCAGAAAGCAGCAAGCCCGACUCGGCCUCUCAGCAGCAGCAAGGGCGAUUCGUCGAUCUGGAAUGCCAGCAAGAUAUUAUUUGCACCUUGACCAAGACGCUGCCCAGUGCUGCGCAGGUUGGGCAGCCUAAUCGAGUACCAGAGAUUGUCGUGUCGUGGGCGGCUGAUCCUCGACAGCUGGAUAUCACGGCACAGGGAGCCAAGCCGUCGACGCCAUGGAUGUUUUUCUCGUUGCGGCAAUCUCGAUUUGGACGACCUGGUCCUGGUCAGCAGCAGUAUCGCCCGAGAGCACCUCAGCAACUUCAACAGCAGCACCGACAGCCAUAUAAUCAAGCUAGACCGAAUGUACCCGACACCCGAAACCCUCAAAACACACGCCAUAUACCACAAUUGAAUACGUCCGUAGACAAUCCCGGUCAGCAACAAGCUAGACGAUGGACGCGACCACCUGCACCUCAUGCACAACCGCAGGCGCCACCAGCAGCAGCACCAACCAACAAUGCCGGAAACAAAAACAACAACAACCAGCGAACCCCUGGACGAAAGCCCAAGCCCGCGCCCUCUUCCGUACCUGGUCCUGGUCCACAACAGCAACGGCAGCAUGACAAACGGACAGAGGACGGAACUGUUAUUCCUGCAGAAAAAGUGAUUCUUGUCAGCUCAGCCAAUUAA